AUGGACCCCAGCAACAUCUCCGUCACCCCCGGCAGCGGUGGCAGCAGCAGCGACGGCAACGGGGGCAGCUCGGUGCACACAUCGUCGCGGCGCCGCCGCCUCAUGUCGUCCUCGCCUACGGGCACUCAACUCGCUGCUGCUGAUGGCGGGGGUUCCGGGUCGUCCACGCCGUCGUCGUCCUCCACGGGCCCCGACCUCGAGCCCCACAGCCGCCACCCCGAGGACUCGCCGCCAAAUCAAGUGCGGCGCCUCCUCCUAAUCUCCCCGGUGCACUCCCCGGCCGCGACGGACGACGACGUGCUCAUCAUGGACGGCGUGCUUGUCGACAACGGAGCCGGCACCCCCUCCAGCGCCAGGCGCUCCGUCUCCUUCGUUGACAACAAUGGGCCCAGCAACAGGCGCUCCGUCUCCAACAGCGACCUCGUCCUGGUCUCUUCAGGCUCUCAGCGUUACAUCGGCGCCGGGAGCAGCGGUGGAAGCGGCGGCAGGCGCAGCUGCUCCAGUGGUCAGAUUCCCCAGAGGGAGGAACCUCGUGUGACGCAAGCCCAGAGGAACAGACAUUCUGAGGUGGGAUCCCAGAACCGCCGCCGGCAACAUCAGGGAGCCGGUCCCUCCAACAUCAACCAGGGGCAGGAGUUCAUCAACCCCCUCAGCAUGAACCAGGGGCAGGAGUUCAUCAACCCCUUCAGCCUCCCGCACUACACCUCGCCAUACUACGGGCAGUGGCUGCCAUACUACACCUAUGGUCCACCCAUGGUGUCCAUCCAUCCAGCGGGAUUGUACGGGGGGUUGUUCGACAUCAGAAGGCACCCGCCAUCCGGGGUCAACAUCACCCACCCAGAUGGCACCCCGCUGCAGCUGCCACGGCCGCCGCCGCCGCCGCCGCCGCCAAGGGUAUCCACGGUCGUCAUCGCACCGCCGCCGGCACCGGAGCAGCCCGAGACACAGCCGCCGCCGCCAGCACCGGAGCAGCCCGAGACGCCGCCGCCGCCGCCGCCACAGGAGCCGUCUGCACAGACGUUCUGCUGGCCGCCGACCGCGGAGGAAACCGCCGCCAUCGAAGCCGUGCUGUACGGCCCCAGCACCAGCGGCUGGAACAGGCUACCCGUGUUCAAGGAGAUCUGCCCCGACGAUGACGCAAAGCAGGCCCUUCCUCCUCCUCCUCCUCCUCCUGCUGCUGCUCCGCCGUGCCCGUGA